GCUAACAGCAUUUUCCCGAUCACGUGGUAAUGUUGCCGGAUAUCGAGCAACAUCUUGUCAGCGGUAUAAAUAAUUCAUAAUCGUUUUUUUUGUAUUAAUCUCCAAAUUUGACAUACUUUACAUGUGUCGUUCUAUUACGGGGAGAAUCAUAUAGUGCCUCAUUCGUUUACGAUUGAUAGCUAAUUUCAUUCGCAAUUGCCAUUGGCGUAUUUGAGCGAUAGACCACACAUGCAGUGACUCGCUGGCUGUCGCAUCGCAAUUCUAGCAUCAUGCACUGGUGUCUUCCUUUCCGAUUUCUUCUAACAUUACUAUCGUCAAUCUUGGCAUUAGGAGACUCUGGAUUUGCACAACUUGAUGGUGCUCCACCUUCAAAAAUAGCCAUUGUAGGCGCUGGGAUUGGCGGUACGGCCACAGCACAUUUUCUACGGCAGCACUUCGGGCCAGAAGUGCACAUUGAUGUGUUCGAGAAGGGGACAGUUGGAGGGCGCCUGGCCACAGUCACCGUCAACCAUCAGGACUAUGAGUCCGGGGGCUCCAUUAUCCAUUCCCUAAACCUGCACAUGCAAGACUUUGUCAAGCAACUGGGACUUAAGUAUCGUAAGAAUGUGGCAGGGAAGACGGCUGUGUUUAACGGGGAGGAGUUCAUCCUGGAGGAGACUGACUGGUACCUGCUGGAUCUGUUCCGCCUGUGGUGGCGCUACGGCAUCAGCUUCAUCCGCCUGCAGAUGUGGGUGGAGGAGAUCAUGGAGAAGUUCAUGAGGAUUUAUAAGUACCAGGCCCAUGGCUAUGCCUUCAGUUCAGUGGAGGAGCUGCUGCACUCCCUGGGGGGGUCAGGGUUCCUGAAUAUGACCCACUGCUCUCUCUCUGAGUCUCUGCUGGAGCUGGGCGUGUCACAACGCUUCAUUGACGAAGUCAUCGCCCCCAUCAUGAGGGUCAACUACGGACAGAAUAUCAGCAUCCCAGCUUUUGUUGGUGCCGUGUCAUUGGCAGGUGCACAGACCAACCUGUGGGCAGUGGAGGGAGGGAACAAGCUGGUUUGCUCUGGGCUGUUAAAACUGGCUAAGGCCAACCUUAUCCAGGCCCAGGUCACAACCAUCUCCCCCUAUGCAGCUGGAGAGUCUACCCAGUACCAGCUCAACUAUGCCACUCUGACUGAGAAAGGAUCUGAGUUCUAUGACAUUGUGGUGGUGGCGACUCCCCUGCAGUCCAGUGUGGGCUCAGGUAUCUCCUUCCAGGGCUUUGAGCCCCAGCUGCCUGAUAUUGCUGGUUCCUACCACCACACAGUGGCCUCCAUCGUUCACGGCUACCUCAACUGCUCUUACUUUGGCUUCCCAGACCCCAAGCUCUUCCCCUUUGCUAGCGUUCUCACCACAGACUCACCAGGACUCUUCUUCAACAGUGCUGCUAGCAUCUGUCCCGUCAACAUCAGCACUGGCUUCCGCCGCAAGCAGCCUCAGGAGGCUGGUGUUUACAAGGUAUUCUCCCCCCAACCCUUAGAUAAGCCAGUGCUGAAGACAUUGUUCAGGUCCUACUACUCUGUGCAGGUGACAGACUGGCAGGCUUACCCACAUUAUGGGAGCACCCAGAGCCUGCCGCCAGUUGUCCUUCAUGACAGCCUGUACUACCUCAAUGGCAUUGAGUGGGCCGGCAGCGCCAUGGAAAUGAGCUCAGUGGCAGCUAAGAACAUUGCUCUGCUGGCCUACCACCGCUGGAGCAGGCAGCUGGAGAUGGUCGACCAGAAAGACCUGAUGCACAAGAUCAAGACUGAGCUGUGACACCCCAACUGCGCAGACUCAGGCUCCGUAGGCUAGCUGCAGGGAUUGUUUCUAUGGAACCUUGCUUAUAGGUUGCCAGCAAUACAAUGAUGUUGUAGCAUGAUGCCUAACCCUAAGGAGUUUUGUUUUAUUAAGUUACUGCUGCUGGCUGCAAUGGAAAAUAAAACAUGUUUUAAUUUCAUGCCACGUUGCAUUCCAUGGUUAAGGAAAUUUUAUAUUGAGUGAAGAUGGUGCAUUAAGAUUGUAUAACAAUUGUUAUUAAAGUGGCUCAUUCUCAGCUGUUUGACUUGAUGUGCAAAUAAUAUAGGCUUUAUUCAAACUAAAUGCUUAUAGUCAAAAGGCUUACUACUGUAUUCUGAUAAACAAAUACAAUAUGGUUCGAAUUGAUUUACUCAACUAAGCUACUUUUAUUUCUGCUCAUCAUGCACUGAUUAAAGGCCAGUUUUAAUAUAUUUUUUCAUUUUCUUCAUUAGUUCAAGUGAUAACUAACUGAUUGUACACGUGUUGUACCUGAUAAGAAAUGAAAACGGUUCUUUAUCUUUUUGCUCUGUCAUGUGUUAUCCUUUUUAAACACUCAGUGUCAUCUUUACUUCUGUUAUUUCAAUUCACUUUCUGAUGCACGAUAUGGCGAUUGUGUGUGUGCAAUCUAGUCUUAAACUGAGUUUAAAAACUUAACUUCUCUCUGCAAAGCAGCUUCUGCUGUUGCUACAGUCAUCAAUGCUUGAAGCCUGUUGCAUUGUUGUUACAUAGUUGCGUCUCUGCUGCAUAGUGACAAAUUGUAACUCUAAUGACAAACGUAAUACUUCUAACCGCAUUCUUUACACAUUACUACAAUGUAUCAACAAUAGGCUACAUUAUACAUUGUGAUUCUUGACGUAGGCACUUCAUCAUGUGACCUGACUUCCUGAUUUGUCUGUAAUUCUCACAGAGAUACUGUAAUUCUCGUGAAGUUAGUCUAAUGCAGUUUUAAAUCAACAUUCUUAAAUCAACAAACAAAUCAUAAGACGCAACAUGGCUUUUCCAUUCUUAUGGUUGUACUGUAUUUACACUGUUUUGGGAAUUUGUUGAAGGGGUGGUACCAUGGUUUAUUCCCAAGGGACCGAGUGUCUAACCUCUAGCAUGGCAGAAUUACUUUUCUAGGGUGCAGGAAAUGUGAAAGAGAUGACAAUGACAAAUAAUCUUGGUUAACUGUCGGAUUUUAUUGUAUAAUAUCGAUAUUCUAUCACAAAAAAUUCAUGACAUGACCAAAUGAAGUUAUUGUUAUUGACAACUUUUUGAUGUGGUUUUAAUCUUUACAAAAAUAACAUGUUCCUUCCAUUGCAUUAUUGUUUGAAUGGCCAUCUCUGCUUUUCACAGGGUCAUUAUUACCAUGCUAGUAUUGACUGCAGUUUUCUGAUAAAAAAUCUCUUUAGAAAUUCAUGGAGGUUUUGCUGUGUAUCACAGGCUUCAACUUGUGUGUUUAAAUAUUUUAAAGACAGAGCAGUGACAGGCAAGCAUACAGUGCCUUCAGAAAGUAUUCAUACCCCUUGACUUAUUCCACAUUUUGUUGU